AUGGUUCAGUAUUUUGCUGCCUUGUUGAUUCUCUGUAUUUCUGGCGGUUCACUGGGAACAACCACCUCACCUCAGCAACAAAACACUGAAAAAGUAAAAGAUUUAUGUGAGGUAAGAAAUGCAUGAAGAUCCCAAACCUUAUAUUUUACUACUUUUAUCAUCGCUAUAUCAUUAUUCAUUCCAAUUUAUUUAUAAAAGUCCUUUUUCAGAAUGAUCUGACAAUUGCUUAUUACAGUGUUCCCUCGUCCUAUUACGACUAAUUGAGGUCAUGGUAUUUAACGUCCAGUUUUCAGUUUCCAAUUUUCAUGUUUUCUUCGUCUCUACAUUAAACUACAAAUCAUCUUUGCUUUCAGCGAUCUAUAGUGGGUUUCCCGGGCAUCCCAGGAUCCAAUGGCAUGCCGGGAAUGCCAGGCGUUCCCGGUCCACAAGGACUCCAAGGAAGGGACGGUACUAAGGGAGAAAUUGGUGAUAAAGGAUCACAAGGAAUGCCGGGUCCAAGAGGAGACAGAGGGCGCGAAGGGCCUCCCGGGAAGAGUGGACCACGAGGAAUCAAGGGAAUAAUAGGUCAACCGGGACUUGUGGGUAUGAAAGGAGAGCGAGGCAUUGUGGGAAAUCAAGGAAGAAAAGGAGACAAAGGAGAGAAAGGAGAAAGCGCCAAAGCAAGUCAAGCAAGUGUAGUACCACAAACCAACUGGAAACAAUGUGUGUGGAAAUCCGAAAGCAGCAGUGAUAACGGAAAGAUUAAGGUAAUUAGCUAGAAUAAGUAUCAUAACACACUCCAAAGGAAAGUAAUUCUUUUCUAAAUUAAAAUAUUUCUCUUCUUUCACCCACCGUUUGCCAACACAUUGAAUUUAAUAGCUAAGCCGAGUAUAUUCCCCUUUACUUUGGUUCUUUUUUAACGAAAAAAGGAAAACCAUCGUGCGUGAUAAAAUGAUUCCUGACCAUAUGGAUAAGGACAACAAAAAUUUAAGCUAUUAUAGAGUUUUUAAACAUAAGGAAGUAAUCUUGACUGGAGUUGUUAGAAUCAAUCAUUACAGACGGUUGCUCUCGUUACUUCAAUAUGUUUGAUUUUAUUCCAGGACUGUAUGUUUAACAAACUGCAGUCUAAUUCAGCGCUCAAAGUCUCAUUCCAGGGAAACAUGAGGGUCGUCGGUAAUUAUAGGUGUAACCGAUGGUAUUUCAAGUUCAAUGGAAAUGAAUGUAGUGGACCAAUGACGAUUGAGGCUGCUGUUUACAACGCCUGGCCAUCUGGGAACCCUAAUCUGUAUCAUCAUCGGUCGUUUGCUGGGUACUGUGAAAACAUUCCACAAGGCGCUGUUAGAGUGGAGUUAUGGGUAGGAAAGUGUAGUAGCUUCACCUUGGGUAAUGCUAACACUGGGUGGAAUUCAGUGUCCCGGAUAAUGAUUGAAGAAGUAUCUAGGUCCCGGUCCUAA